AAUGUCAAGAAAAUGUAGGUCAUUAAAUAUUUGGAGGAAUUGCACAGUCACCUUUGAUUAUUUGGAUUUGGCAGCAGUUAUAGAAGAGAAGAAAUGUUUGUAAAUGGUGAAUUAUCACCUUCAUAAAGAUGGAUAAUGUUUUUAGAAACUUAUAAAUGUAGAUUAGAACCAUAGACUGUAAAUAAGAAGUACCUCAUAAUGGAGCUAAGUGUGACUUAAUGUGAAGCGAUUCUGAUGGUAUCUUGUUUUUAGAGUUAUUUGGUUUUGAGGGAUGGAAUUUAUCUCCAAGAGGGGCAUACUAUUUAUUUAGACAUUGUGGAUGAUUUCAAUACAAAAAAAUAAUAUUGA